GAGCGCACGUGAAGCAUCUAAGGGGGAGGGAUCUAAGCUUAAACUCUCAGACCUCCACCGCCCCCGUGCGACCGCAGCCUUUUCUAACCGAAGCUACUCACUGCAGCCAUUUUGGCGUCGUCCCAGGCCCGCGGGUUCCAAACCGAAACAGGAAGUGGGCUCGGAACCCUCGAAACCGGGAACAAGGGCUACCUUUCGCGCGCUCUAGCGACCCCGCCACUUGUGGGUCCCACUGCCCCGGUCCUGCGUGUUACCGGUCUCUUGCCCCUCCUCCCGCCCGGCGAACCCGUGAGAUCAUGUCGAACAUGGAGAGUAUCCUUUCCGUCGCUCAAGAGUCCAGUUAGUGCUGUGCCUGUUCACAUGGGUGUGGGGUCAUCCACUGAGGCAUGGGCAAACUUCCAGUAGUCAUCACCUGAGGAAAGUGAUUCUCCCAACUCCAACAGCCUCAAGUGCCAGUACUUCAAAUGCCAGCUACAUGUGGGGCCUCAGUAGCCCCUCUCCCACUAGUGCUGGGACUUUAAUGGGCUUGAACCUGUAUUGUACAGAAUAGGUGGCCCAAGAACUUCUGGACUCUAGUCUUCCCAUCUUUCAAACACUUAUUUAACAUGAAGUUUGCUGCAAAAGAACUUAAUAGGAAUGCCAAGAGGUGUGAUAAGGAAGAAAAAGCUGAAAAGGCCAAGAUAAAAAAGGACUCUCUGUGCUCUGCCCACGGUUUGGCUAUGAGUCUCAGGAUCUGCUUUGAUGCACUGCCAGGUAGAGUCUUCCAGAGGCCUUCUGUGGCCAUUCAGAAGGGCAAUACUGAAGUUGCAAGAAUACAUGCAGAAAAUGCAAUCCGUCAGAAAAAUCAAGGAAUCAAUUUCUUGAGAAUGAGUGCUAGGGUUGAUGCUGUGGCAGCCAGAGUUCAAACUGCAAGAACCAUGGGCAAGGUGACAAAAUCCAUGGCAGGUGUUGUUAAAUCUAUGGAUGCUACAUUGAGGAGUAUGAACCUUGAGAAGAUUUCUGCUUUAAUGGACAAAUUUGAGCAUCAGUUUGAAACAUUGGAUGUUCAAACACAACAAAUGGAAGAUACAAUGAGUAGCACUACAACCCUAACAACACCACAGAACCAAGUGGAUAUGCUGCUGCAAGAAAUGGCAGAUGAAGCUGGGCUUGAUCUCAACAUGGAGCUCCCCCAGGGUCAAACAGGCUCAGUUGGUGCAAGUGUUGCUUCUACAGAGCAGGAUGAACUGUCACAGAGGCUUGCUCGUCUUCGUGAUCAAGUGUAACUUAAGUGACUGGUGCUUCUGUUUCUUCCAUGUGUUUCUGAAACAUCAUUUGUGUGUGUAGACAUAGAUAAAUUACACUCCAAUUACAAAAAUACCAUACAUGCCGGAAUAUUUGAACAUUAUUUAUACAUGAUGUUUUCUUUUGCCUUGUGUAUUUCAUAGUACAUUAAGAAAUUCCAAGGAAUUUCCACAUUGGAAUAUUUUAUAGUUCUGUAUAUUAUGUGUAAAAGUGUCAGGGUCAUAUUUUUGUAGAUGUCUUUAACAAAGCCAGCAUUAGUUUUAUAUAUAUUAUGCAUAUUCCUCAAACAUUAAACAAACAUCUAGCACGGAAGUACUACUUAAGUAAAGUAAUUUUGUCAGAAUAAUGUGUAGAAUAAAGGCUUUGCCUGUAUUUUUUUUGUUUUUUUUUUUUUAGUUGGAAGUAAUUUUCAGUUUUUAUCUGUGAUGAAAUUUGAUUUUGUAAAAAUGAAAACACAGAAAGCAUGUUUAUUUAAUAUGUAUUCAUAGCCCAGACAUCUUAUUUUAAUAGUAUCACAAAAUACACUGUAUUGUUUUCUAUGGGAUUUUUGAAAAUUAUUUUUUAUUUUGAAUAUGUGGUUGUUUUGUUCGCUUUUAUAUUAUUUACUACUUAUGUGUGUCUGGUACCGACAGAGACCAGAAUAAGACACUGGAUCCCCUGGAACUUACAGACAGUUGUGAACAAACAGGUGGAUGCUGAGAUUUAACCCUAUUUCUUCUAGAAGAGAGGCCAGUUCUCUGAAUUCAGCCAUGUGUUCAACCCCUGUUUUAUGUUGUUAUUUUUUUAUUUUGUUUUUUGCUUGUUUAUUUUAGAGACAGGGCAGAAAUAUAUAGCCCAGAGUAGCCUGAAACUCAGUGAGUCUCCAGUCUUGGUCUCUAGGUGUAUGCCACCACACUCAGAACAUUUUCUAUAAUUAAUGAGGGUUUUUUUGUGCAUUAGUUAUUUUUCUUUUUCUGUGAUAAACAACAACAACAACAAAAAAUAUCCAGAAGUGGCAUAUGGAAGAAAGAAGUUAGUUUAGUUUAUGGUUCCAGAGUGAUAAGGUUCCGUCAUGUUAGGUAAAUGUAGCUGUAAGAGCAGGUACCUGAGCUGUCACAUAUUCUGUGGCAAACACAAAGCAGAGGGAAGAAACUUAAAGAGGUACAGGGCUAUAAGCUCUCAAAGCCUGCCCCAGUGACAUACUUUGUUUCAUAAAGCUCCAUAUCCCUAAAAUUUCCCCCAAACAUCAUCACCAGCUGGGAAACAGUUAUGCAGAGGCGUGAGCCUAUGGACCAUAUUUCUCAUUCAGACCAUCACAUUCCUCUCCCUGUCUUUCAUAGGCUCAUGGCCUAGUAAAUGUAACCACCCCACCGAUAAAAUCUAAAAGCAAAUAACAUACAGUGGCACAGAAUAUACCUUAUCAUUUUAAAAGGGAUGAAUGGGGCCAUAACAAGGAAAUGCUGGACUACAGAAAGACUAAAAGCUUGCAGGGCAAACAGAUAAGCAAAUCCUGUAGCUCCAUGUCAGAUGUCUGAAACUUUACACUCAAAGGGCCUGGCUGGCUUAACCCCAGCAGCUUUUCUACCUGAAGCAGCAGCCCACCUUCUGGUGCGAACUUAUAUUAGUUACUUUCCUGUUGCUGUGAUUUAAACACCAUGGCCAGAGCCAAUUUAUAUAUGAAAGAGUUUACUUGGGCUCAUAGUCCAGAGGGAUAAGAAAGAGUCCAUCAAGGCAUGGAGGCAUGACAGCAGGAGCAGGAAACUGAGAGAUUGCAUCUUCCAUGGCAGACAUGAAGCAGAGAGAGCAACCUAGAAGUAAGGCUAUGCUGUACACUCUCAGUGCUUCUUGCUUGUGACAUAAUUCCUCCAUCAAAAUUGCACCAUAACCUUCCCAAAGAACAGCACAAACCGGUGAUCAACGUUUCAAAUAUGUAAGCCUACUAUGGCAGAUAUUUCUCAUUCAAACUACCAUAGUAUGUAAGGAGGAACACAGUAACUAUUUACUCUGUUUUCAUCAGUUGUUAAGUUUAAAUUUUUACAAUUUUAUUCAAUAAUUUAAUCUGACUGUUCAUUAAUUUUUAAGGCCUUUUAAUUGGCAAUCUGUUUUAUAGCUAGGAAAAUUCUGCAACAUUAAUUCAAAGAAAAUAAGAUUUGUUUCUUUUUAAAUUUUCUUUUGCAAUAUAUUAUUGUUUCAGUUCCCAGAAAACUCUUUUUUAUGGUGUCUCCUAGGUAAUAGCCAGGUCAUGAUGAAGCUGAAUAUCUCCUUCCUAGGCACCAGCUGUCAAAAAUUCGUGGACUUAGAAAAUGAACACAAACACGGUACUUUCUCUGAGACAUGCAUGCCCAAAAGUGUAGCUGCUGGUGCUCUGGGUUAUGUAGUCUAGAUUAGUGGUGGGAAUGGCAAACAAGGUUUUGUUUUCCAAUGAAGCGAGGUAUCUUGACGAUGCCAGUGUUUUCCUGCUGUUGAAUAAAGGUCAUUCUUGUUAUAGGCCAAAGAGAUCUGGAAAAAGAAAGCACAAGUCUGUUCAUGGUGCGUUGUGGAUCCAAUCUGAGUGUUCUCAAUGUGGUUGUGAAAUAAGGAGAGAAGCAUAUUCCUGGAUUGACAGUACCACUGUGCAAUUAGGGUCUCAAAGAGCUAGCCAGAUCAAAAGGCUCUAAAUAACAUGGUAUCUGAGAAAGAAGCUGAGGGACAAAGCACCCAAGGUUCAGUAUCUUGUUACUCACAUGUACUGCAUCACAGACUCCAUUGCAUUGCUCUGAAGAAACAAUGCACUAAGAAAAAUGAGGAAGCUACAGAGUAUUGCAAACUUUUGGCCAAGAGAGUGAAGGAAGCUGGAAAAAAAAAGCCAGAAACAGGUUGUCAAGAUGUGGAGGCUAUCCUUGCUGAGAGCUUCACCUUGUAUUUCUGAGUACAAUCGAAAUAAGUCUUCAUGAGUCACAUAAAUGUUCACACCUUGAAAGAAAAAGAUUCUUAGAAAAAUGGCUUUUUAUAAAGGCCAGUUAACAUUAUAUUAAUGUCACAGUUGUACAUGUGAUUAUUAAUUCAUUUCCCAGAAUCAUUUUUAAGACAGUAACCUUUAAUAACAAAAAUAAUAAGUAGAGGUAGAUAAAAUAAAGUGUUUUGUCUAGUCAUACAAGCACCCUCCAUCCCAGUGAAAGUUGGGAGAAUAAGAUAGAGUCAAGGGUCACCAAAGACAGCAUUGUACAAAAUACAGACUAAUAAACCAAAGCCCUAAGAAAACACCUCUGAUCAUUUGCUGUACUACUUGUAAUAUCCUCAGUAAUAUUUAUAUUUGACCAAGUAAGAGUAAACACUUUAGCACUUGUCUGCAUUUUUGAUGUUGCAGUUUCAAUUGUAGGAAAGUGAACAGAUUAUUUUUUAGCAAGUAUACUGCUAACCUAUAGUAAGACCAAUCCAAGAAAGAAUUCUAGCAUAUCUUGAAGUUCAAUGGAAAUAUGACACUCUGUGUUUUCUCCCCAGUAGUCCAAAUUUUAUUUUUCUUAUAAGUCUUAAAGGUAUUCAAAAUGAUAUCAUGAGAAUACUUUUUCACUAAAUCACUACAUACUCAACUACUUAUAUAUGAUAUCUCUUAUGCAUAAGAGUGUAUAUAAGUGAAGAUUCUAUUGCUACUAAGUGAAGAACAUUUGUUCUGAACGUUGACUACACAUUGCAGUUGGAAAGCUUUAAAAACUCUGUCUCCGUCUCUAUCUGAGUGUGUGUGUGGGGGGGGUUGUCAGGGGUGAUCAUUUGGUACUGGAUAACUAAUUGGUGAGCUCUUCCCUAGGGAAGUCUAUUUUCCUGCUCUUAGCAUUUAUUUGCCUAUGGUUUCAAUUAAUGAAAAAAAGAAGUCACAAAUUUGAAAGAGUGCAAGGAGGAAUAUAUAGGAGGGUUUGGAGGGAGGAAAGGGAAAUAGUGUGAUUAUAUUUGUAACCUAUAAAACAAUUUAAAACAAAAUCCUGAAUUGAAAUUAUACUAAUUAACUACAGUUUUCUGGGGUAACUCCUCCAGAUACUGUUCUACCCCUUUCAUUUCAAAGAAGAGUAUCUAUGGCAAUGAUUCUAGUUUCAUUGGUUUUAGGGACCUACUAGAGAUGAGGAUGCUAGAAGACAAUUGUAUACUAUAUGUUAACAAUAUUGCUUUUUUUGUUUUACUUUUUUUAAUUUUUAAUUUUUAUUUUUUAUAUUAUUUACAAUUUAUUCACUUUGUAUCCCUCAUUCUCUCCUGAUCCCCAUCCACCCUCUCUCAUUUCCUCCCUGCCCCUCUCUAAGUCCACUGAUAGGGCAGGUCCUCCUCCCCUUCCAUCUGACCCUAGUUUAUCAGGUCUUAUCAUGGCUGGAUGCAUUGUCUUCCUCUAUUGUCAGAGACAGUCCCUAUUCCCCUUACUAGGGUACCCACUUGGAUACUGAGCUGCCAUGGACUACGUCUGAGCAGGGGUUCGAGGGUAUAUCCAUGCAUGGUCCUUGGUUGGAAAAAUCAGUCUCAGAAAAGAUCCCUUGGCCCAGAUAUAUUUGGUCCUUGUGGAGCUCCUGUCCUCUCCAAGUCAUAUUAACUCCCCCUUCUUUCCUAUGAUUCCCUGCACUCUGCCCAAGGUUUGGUUAUGGGUCUCAGCAUAUGUUUUGAUACACUGCUAAGUAGAGUCUUUCAGAGGCCCUCUAUGGUAGACUCCUGUCCUGUUUCUUAUCUGCAUGUCCAACGUAUUUUUAUUUUUUUAACUUAUAUGCUCCUUCUAUUCUUACCUUUUAUUCCCAAAGGCAAUCUUGCAUUUAGUGUUGCAAUAUAUGACAUGUUUAUUGUAUGUAAUACUUUAAAACCAUGGAGUUUGUCACUUUCAUGAUAACAAGUGUGCUGGAUGGUUUUAUGUCAUUUUUGCACAAGUUAAAGUCAUCUGAGAGGAGGGAAUAUCAAUUUAAAAGAUAUCUUUGUAUCAUCAAGUUGUAGGCAGGCCUGUAGGGCAUUUUCUUAAUUAGUGGUUGAUGGAGGAGGGCCCAGCCCACUAUAGUCCUGGAUUCUGUAAGAAAGAAGGCUGAGCAAGAAAUGAGGAGCAAGCUAGUAAGCAGCACCCCUCCAUGGCCCCUAGAUCAACUCCUGCCUCCAAGUUCCUGCCCUGUUUGAGUUGCAGUCCUGACUCCUUUCUGUGAUGAACAAUGGUUAUGGAAAUGUAAGCCAAAUAAACCCUUUCCACCCAAAUUUGCUUUUUGGUCAUAAUGUUUCAUCACAGUAAUAGAAACCUGAAUUAAGACAACAGGCAAGUAAGUGAAUUUCCUUUGUGCUUCAUCAUCUUCAUUUUUACUGUAAAAUGUAAAUUAUUAUAUUACCUAAAAUAAAAGUUCUGAGUGGAACACUUCAAGGACAUAUUUUCAUUGAGCAUUGAGACAUCAAAGCAUUAAUUGAUCCAUGUCAGUCUCUGAGAAUCAAUUUUCAACUGUCAUCCCAGAAAAAAGAUAUUCAAUUUGCUAAGAAUAAUAUUUUUAGACUCAAAUAAUAGAAAACCUGAGCGUAUACUUUGAAGUAUAAACUAAACCCUGUAGCUAAAAGAGGUUAUAAAGUCUUCUGAAGGUAGAGAUAGUCACUGUGAGAAUUAAAGGAAUUCCUACGGUCCUUGGCUUAGAAAAGUUUUUAGCUGCCAUUCAUCUAACAUCCUCAUUGGUUAUACAAUACAAAUGGAAGUUAUAAAGAAAAUGACAUACUCGAAGUCACCGGAAAAUAGUAACAUAGCUGUGAUUUGAAGAUAAGAACUGAUCUUGAAUACCAGGCUUUUGCUGCCAUUUUACAUUCUGUACCUGUCUUUGUGACUGUCUAUAUCUGAACUCUUUGUGUCCCACACUAAAAACAAAGAUUUGAUGUGAGCCAUUAAACAGCAGGCCUGGGUUUUGGAAGACAUGGAGUUCAUGUGAUCAGUUAUGGUUCCUUGUGCACUAUACAAACUGUAUGCAUCAGAAACAUGGGGAUCCGGAAAUUUGUGCCUAGGGACCUUUCUUAUUUAGUGCAAACUGCUAUUCAUUUUCUAUCACCAAAUAGAAAAGUGCAAGCCUUAGCUGAUUGUUUAGCUUCUACAUACAAUAUAAUUUGUAUGUAUGUGUGUCCUUUUUAACAGGUUUAAAGGAUUCAAAGUUCAGGAGUUAAUAAAGCAGGAGUGGACAAUGAGGUAGCUCAGCCGGUAAAAUACACCUAGAGUGCAAGCUUGAUGACCUGAAUUUGAUUCUUGGAAUUCACAUAAGGUAAGGAGAGAACUGACACCUCAGAGCUAUUAGCUCCACACACAUACAUACACACACACACACACACACACACACACACACACACAUGCAUGCAUGAACACAUCUUGAUUCUAAAAAUAAUAAUAAAUGAGGUCAGGAUAGUGUUUUUAGUCUUAAAAUUAAAGCAAGCAUUAUGCCAAAGGAGCAGAUAAAUAGUCCAUGGAGAGGUUGUGGAUGGAUGUUUAAAAGUUUUAUAUAUGAAAAAGGAUCUUGAUUUUUUAGGAUAUGGUUCUGGAAAUACAGUAUCUUCAAGUGUCAUUACGUUAUCUUAUAGAUGAAAUGAAUGCUUUCAAAAACAAAAUCUACCUACAUCUUUCUUCCUGCCCUACAUACAAAAAAAAUUGAAAAGUAAUAAAAAAUUGAGUCAACAACCAUCAAGAGCUCCUUUAAAAUGCAAACCUUAAUUUUCCCUCCCAUGUUAUAUGUUAGUUCCAGCCUGUUAGAAAAGACCGAGAUAAAUUGAUAUGACCUGGAAGUUGAUAAAAUCCAUGACAGUUAAACACUAACUUUUCCUUCAAACAUUUAACAGAGAAUUACUUUGAAUGUCCCAAAAUGCCUAUACUCACAUCUUCUGCAGGUGUACUUUGUUUCCAUGAUUAAAUGUUAAUGUUCCAAGACAUUUCAAUUGUUUAGACAGAAAAUAUUAAACUAAUAUUUAUUAUAUUAAUACCAAAAUGCUAAUUUAGCUAAUCAAAGGAGAUUGUAGAAUGAGACUAGAAACCUUGCUUCAAGAGCCUUCCAUGGAGGAUCUCUAAAAGGCUCUACCCACCAGGGUAUUGAAGGAGAUACUGAGACUCAUAGCCAAACUUUGGGCAGAGUGCCAGAAACCUUGUGGAAGAAGAGGGAGAUAGAAAGACCUGGAGGGGUCAUAAACUCCACAAAGAGAACAGCAAUGCCAAAAAACCUGGGCACAAGGAGGACUUCAGAGAUCGAUACACUAACCACAAGGACCUUGCAUGGUGAGGCCUUAGACCCUCUGCUCAGAGGAAGCCCGUAAGCUACUCAGUUUCCAAGUGGUUUUCAUAGUAAGGGGUACAGGGGCUGUCUCUGACAUGAAUUCAGUGGCUGGCUCUUUGAUCACCUCCCCCUCUGGGUUGCAGCCUUGCCAGGCCACAGAGGAAGAUAAUGCAGCCAGCCUUGAUAAGACCUGAUAGGCUAGGGUCAGAGGGAAGGAAAGGAGGUCCUCCCCUGUCAGGGGACUAGGGAAAGGGCAUAGGGGGAGAAAAGUGAGGGUGGAUGGGACUGGAAGGAGAUGAGAGAGGGGGCUGCAGCAGGUAUACAAAGUGAAUAAAUUGUAAUUAAUUAAGAAAAGUUAGAACAUAUGGCUUUCUCUCUCCCCUAAAUCCUUUGAGCUUUAAUUUUUUUAGUAUUUAAACUCUGUACCCAAUUUUAAGUAUAUUUGUGUACAAAGAUCCACUUAGCUGAAAUAUAAUGAAUACUGUGAUCACAUGGAAUGAGUAAGAUGCAGAGGCUAUUCAGAAGUGGUUUGGCAAACCCUGCUGAUUAAAUUAUCAGCAAAUUUGUGACUUGGUUCACUUUAAUCUUGUAAUUGGUCAUGCUGAGAACAUGGAAGAAUGUAUUGGUACUUUUUAAAGCUCAAUUUGCUUUCGGUAAAUUGUUAGAACUUUAUUAGCUUUGACAGCUACUUUCAAAAUUGUCCACGUGUUUCUUGACAUAUUCAAGUGACUGUUGUGAAAACAGCACUUCUGUUCCACUUUUACACAUUGCUUGUAAGCUAUUAAUCACCUCAUUUUUAUUUGAUUAAUUAUAUUAAUGUAUUCCUAUUACCAUCAUUUUAGAGCUUAAGAUAUUUAUCACUAUGUGUGUGUGUGUGUGUGUGUGUGUGUGUGUGUGUGUGUGUGUGUGUGUGAUGGGAACAUUUUAUAGGCCAUAUCAACUUAUGUUUUACGUUUCUUUAUCCAGCAUUGACAGUCUCCCUUUUAAUUGGGGCAUUUAGACUAUUUUCACUUAAUAUAAGUAAUGUUAAUAAACAAGUGGACAAUUUUGAAAGCAAGCAGUAUAUUUAGCCUUAAAUAUACUGAUCCUCUUAUUUGUUUCCAUUUCUGUUUGCAUUCAUUUAAUCAAGCAUUUUUUCACAAUGAUGUCGUAGGUGUUAUGUCAGCUGAUUAGGUAUAAUUAAUUAGAAUAUAUAUAUAUAAUAUACACAUAUAUCACUUCAUGUAGAGUAUAACUUCUAUCUCUCUUCUCAUCUUGCCUUUUGUUAUUAUAAGAAUAUUAUGUUUUAAUUGUUUUUCUAAAUGUUCUACCAUAUUUUAAGGAGAUUUAAACAAAUUUAGUGAUAAUUAUUCUAAUUGUAGAUGUUGUGUAUAUGCAUACACACACGUGUGCCUAUAUCAUCUUUGUAUUAUAGAAUUGGCCAGUGUCGAUUUCUGGAGACUUUGGUAUUUUGUUAAAUGUGACUGUUGUGUAAA